AUGCCCGCCCGCUCGACCGGCUGCCUGACCUGUCGCAAGCGGAAGAUAAGAUGCGAUGAGACAAGACCAGUGAGUAAUAAUCAAUAAUACCCACCAAACCAGCAGAAGCGACAGAGUGAAUAAUAAUCCGUGAACGCGAAAAAAAACAGGGCUGUAAGCGCUGCGAAACCCACGGCGUCCCCUGUCCAGGCUACCGUCUCCCGGCACCAGGUCAGGUCGAAUUCCACGAUCAGACGGAAUCGACGGUGCGCAGAGCCCACGAACAGUAUAAAACAAAAGCACCGCCCAUCGUACUACCCACGAGACCAUUCUCGACCACCUCACCUAAAAACUCGUCCACACUCACAACCACUAGCGAUGAUGAUCCCACCACCACCACCACCACCAAAUACGGACAAGUCGUCAUUCUCCAUCGUAACGAAUCCCUCAUGGACUUCGCGGACUCCAUGGCUCUCUUCUCCAACCCAACCUACCUUCCCUCGCCCGCAGUGGAAAAGUCUCUGAUCUAUAGCGCCUUCAUGGAAACUUAUGUGCCCCAACGCACAGGACCCGGGGAUUCUCAGUUUUCUUUCCUGCAACAUCUCAUUAGCACGCCGGGCCUGCGCUCUGAAGUUUCGGAUUCCCUGGAUGCUCUAUCGAUGGUGCAGGUUGGGUCGAUAUAUAAGGAUCCGAAUCUGCUCAAGUCGGCGGUGAAGGCGUAUUCGAAAUCCUUGGGUGGCUUGUUGAGGACCAUGUCGACCGGUCGGGGAGGCGUGGUACGGGACGACUACGUCCUCGCGACUGUGUCGAUCCUGGGGAUAUGUGAAUUCUACGAUGAGAUUGCGCAGGUGGGAGAUGGAUGGAUGAAGCAUAUUGAAGGAAGUCAACGGGUACUUGCGGCGAGAGGGCCGAGUUCGAUUCAGAGUGACUUGGCGCUACUUCUGUUCUCGAACAUGAGACAUGGCGCCUUGAGCCAUGCUUUGAUUGCGAGGAAGGCGUGCUUCCUGGGAACUCCGGAAUGGCGGGCUGUGGCGUGGAGAGUCUCUUAUGUGGACAUGGCCACGCUGUUCUACGACACAGCACUGCAGGUGCCAGCAUUUCUGGAAAGGCAUGAUAAGCUGGACCCGGAGUCGCCUACAUACAUUGAGGACAUCGAUGCCGCACUCAAGGAGGGGAAAAGACUCGGCACCGAACUCCGAGAGUGGAUGGAAGAUUUCAAAGUUCGGUCAAAAUUGCUGGAUCCCGCUGAACCGGAAAUAUUCUGGCUGACCAAGAUUGAGGACUUUCCAACAUUCACGAGUCUUGUCUCAGACCGCACGAUUGAUGAGGCGUACAUGUUCCCGAGCUUUCCGGUCGCGUAUCUCGUCAUUGUGUGCUGGGAUGUCCAACACUUCCUGCGCUCUGCUAUCCAAAGUCUGCAUACGUCCCGGUACAAAGCUUCCUCAGGUUGGUUCCCAGAUCCAGGUGAGGUCGUCACGGACGAGGAGCUUACUACGUAUGUGAUGGACAUGUGUCGAUGCUUCCCGUACCUCUGCGAACCUGUGAGCUCCUCCACAGGCCAGAUUGGGUUGUUUCUCCCCUUGCGCACCGCUGCCUGGCAUUUCAUGAAACACGGACACUGGACCAUGCUGAAGUGGCUUGGUGCAGUUCGAGAUUCGGUGUUCACCAAAGGUAUGA